AUACCAAGGGAAAACUAACUCGGCUCGUCAGGCUGGCGUUGAACCAAAAUGUUGAGUACUAGGGCUACUACAGCCUACGAUGGGUGCGGCAAACUUCAACGUCUCAAUCCUCCGCGCCUCCGCUGGCGUCACCUAUUUUACAGCUGAUUUCCGCCUUGCUGACCGUCCGCCUCUGAAUGCCACCUUCUCCGCAGGCGUCACUGCCACUACCGGUUUACGAGUCAGAUUCCGAGUACCCAACGGAGGACUAGCUCGCGGGGGAGCUCGCGGGGGUUUGACUUCCCCAUCGGCCUUGAUGCUGCCUCAGAAUCCGGUCGCCGGGGACAUCUGCGCCGCAGCUCUGACUGGUGCCGCUGCUCUCUCGCUGCUUCGGUUUUGGGGCGAGAUUGCGAAAAGAGGAUUCUUUGACCAGACAGUGGGUAGAAAACUUGUACAUAUAAGCGUUGGACUGGUUUUCAUGCUUUUCUGGCCUUUGUUCAGCUCGGGCCAUCAGGGAGCAGUUUUAGCAGCUCUUAUUCCAGGCGUCAAUAUUAUACGGAUGCUGCUUUUAGGACUAGGAAUAUGGAAGGAUGAGGCCAUUGUCAAGUCAAUGAGCAGACAUGGGGAUCACAGGGAACUUCUCAAGGGACCGCUAUACUAUGCCUCAGCUAUUACUCUUGCCUGUGCAAUCUAUUGGAGAACUUCCCCCAUUGCAAUUGCUGCAAUUUGCAACUUGUGUGCUGGAGAUGGUUUAGCUGACCUUGUGGGAAGGCGGUUUGGCUUUCAGAAAAUUCCCUACAACAGAAACAAGUCCUUCUCUGGUAGCCUGGCAAUGGCAGUUGCUGGUUUUUUGGCAUCUAUUGGGUACAUGCAUUAUUUUGCCUCAUUUGGGUUUAUUCAAGAAAGUUGGGAAAUGGUUUUCGGUUUCUUGGUUGUUUCUCUUGGCUCAACACUGGUGGAAUCACUCCCUAUAAGCAGUGAACUUGAUGACAACCUCACAAUUCCUGUGACUUCUCUAUUGUUGGGUACUCUUGUUUUCUAAUCUUGAGCAUCUUCAGUCUGUGGCUACCUUUUCAUUGUGGUUCAACCACUUGAUGUACAGAACAUCUGAAAAAUGUAAACUUUUUCUCCAAAUCAAAAGAGAGGCAUUGCAUCAGGAUGUGGGUUUUGAUUCCA